AUGCGCCCACCGGCAGUGCGGUUCUCGACUGACGUCAGUGCUCUGUUCAGAGAGUGGCACUGCUCAACGUACCUGGUCGUGAAUGGGCGCGGAAUCCCCAUCAAGUACUGGGGGGAGGUGUACAAGAAAUGCGCGGGAGAGAACAGCAAGGCGUGGGCGCUGCGAAAAGUUCAAUGGGGGCAAUGGAAGUUCAUUGUCGAGGAGCGGUCACGUUUCGCGUCAGACGACGCAUUCUGGGCAGCCUGGAGUGAUGCCAGUGGACAGCGUGCUGGAUACACCCAGAUCUGCGACACUCUGCAACGUCAGCGUGUGCAACGAGAUGCACAGGACGCCACAGCGGCUCGCACAUUCUUUGGCGGCAGCCUCGACCACUCGGAUGCCAAAGGGGCCUUCACAUACCUGAAGUCUGGUGUGGCAAGGCUGAUGAGCAAGGAUGUCGACGUUGCUCGCAAGUGGAGGGACUUACUUUCUGCAGACAGCGCUCUCGCCCAGCGCUGGGAGGAGACGCGCAGCCCUCGCUAG